ACGAAGCCCAAGAAGCUUUGCACUGUCUGUGCCUUCGCCGGCUUCGGUUCUUCGCUGGAAAACGCACCUGUAUACUAUUCGUAUGCGUCCAUUCAUUUUAUUUUGAAUGUUGUAAGAGGGGAAGCGACAGGCAGAGAGCGCGCUGUGGAGUGGUUGAGUUCACGGAUAGUUCCAGGAGGGGACGUCGAAAAUGUGUGCCAUGGUGGGUUCGUUCUUGCUCUAUGCGUUGGUCGCUGCGACGAGCGUUUGCUCCGGCAAUUCGAACGCAGCUGCCAGGCCGAACGUUAUUUUCAUUCUGGCCGAUGACUGGGGAUGGGGAGAUGUCGGUGUGUACAAUCCAGAUCACCCGUUCAUUCGCACACCAUACCUGGACGUGCUGGCCUCUCAGGGCAUGCUGUUCACUGACUUCCACGUGGCCAACCCUGUGUGCAGUCCCAGUCGGACGGCCUUCAUGACCGGGCAAUUUCCCAGCACAUUGGGAAUAUUCAACUACCUGCGCAGCAGCCAUGCGGCCAACCAUGGCGACGGAAUGCCGGACUUUCUGAACGCAAGCACGCCCACGAUCACACGACUGCUCCAGCAGGCUGGUUAUCGCACUGGUCACUUUGGAAAGUGGCAUUUGGGAUCCACACCAGAUGCACCUCCCCCAACAGCAUAUGGUAUCAACGAGUCCGCUACGUAUACCUCCACUGAUCCUAAUCGCCUGGACGGGUGUGCUGACCCGGGAUCCAUUAAGGUUUGCCCCGACGUCCAUUGGUCGGGCAAGAGCUCAGGACUGAUCGUGGAUCGCGGCAUUGAGUUCAUCGGCAACGCCAGCAAGGACCAGGUGCCGUUCUACCUGAACCUGUGGCUGCACGUGUCCCAUGCACCUCUGCAGCUGUUACCGGACCAGUUUGCACACUACCCACUGAAUCGCACGUGCCGUCUGGAAGACCCGGAUGUGUAUACCCAUUGUCCAGAGCAGGUAUUCCGAGCGGCACAGCACGAUGCAGACGCACAGAUUGGGCGACUGAUGAGCGCGCUGGACCAGAUGAAACUAGUCGCCAACACUCUUGUGAUAUUCAGCGCUGACAAUGGGCCGGAAGAUCCCAACAUCUACUUCAACUCCGUUGGCAGCGCCGGGCCGUUCCGCGGCCAGAAGCGCAGCAUCUACGAGGGUGGUCACCGCGUUCCUUUCAUUGCCAGAUACCCUGGUGUCAUACCGACCAAUCGUACAUCGCACGUCCUCAUGUCCAGCGUGGAUUUCUUGCCCACGAUCGCUGCAUUUACAGGCACCCCUCUGGACAGCAGUGUAGUGGGACACUUGGUGGGCAUGGAUAUGACCUCAGUACUGAAAGGUGGUCCAGCAGCAGAGAGAAAAGUCAAUCUGAAAUGGGAUUGGAGGUUCUCAGUGAUCGGUAACUGCUGGAAUAUGGCACCGCGUCUUGCAAUUCGCCAGGGUGACUGGAAGCUGUUGAUGAAUGCGGACGGCAGUCGGGUGGAACUUUACAAUAUGACAGAGGUUCACUUUGAAGACAUAGAUCAUUCGUCGCGGCAGCCUGACGUUGUCAAGGCGCUGAGUACCGAGCUGUUGAGCUGGGUGGCCACGCAGCCUACUGGUCCGGUGUCCGCACAUCCGGGCUGUGCAAUGCACGUCACGCCCUGAACGCACAGGGUAUAUCCACUGGUGUCCUCCACCGAAUACGAACACAGUUCACUGCACAAUUCCGUCAUGCUUGAAGCAGGAAGGCCGUAAAGAAUGUAUUUUUGUAUUUGUAUUUAUGGAUUCUCCGUAGGCCUUAGCCUAAAUCGAGGGAGUCUCCGUCAACAACUUUUGUACUGUACUAACUUUUGAGAUUGCCUCACAAUGGAGCUGUUGCACAUUUAAUUAUACCAUUGGUCACAGUGUCUGCUCUAGUAUCUCCUCUAGGAUUUCAAACCAACAGGGUUCACGUGUACCUGGCAAAAACCAUUGCAACCGGGUCAGAGCCGGGUCCGUUCAAGUGCGGUUGGCUACUGCAUGACUUGUACAUCAGGGAGUUGUAAAUAUUUUAGGGCUCCAUGAUGUACAUGUAUUUUGAAGUAUUUCCAAGCGGGUCACAGGUGUUCUUUUCCAAACGGGUCCAAGUACCCUCCCCCCCCCCCCCCUGCCGGGUCGCUGACCCGGAUGACCCGGCUCUGGAGCAGACACUGGACCAUAGAAGGUAGCCAUGUUGGUCGCAGCUCCAGUCAAUCUCUUCAUCUAUGGGCCACAUGAUGUCGGCCACGUUGGUUCCACUGUCUGCAUGCAAUGUACACUUUCUAUCUGGGAGUCGUAAAAUAUGUACCACAUUAUACUUUCGACAUCCUGCUUUCUACCCAGAUGUGGUUACAGAACCAAUAUGUGGAGCAAAUCUAUAAAAAGCUGAAAGGCUGAAAGCUA